UAAAAUAUUUAAUCUUCGGUCACACUGCUCACCUCCACCCGCAACAAUAAAUGCGAAAAUUUUUUGCUUAAAAUUCGGCAAAUACAAGGCAUAAUCUGUGCAGUUGCGUUAAAAUGUAUAUUACACAGAUUGAGGCUCCACAGGCCCCGCCAAAGGAGACGCCAAGCAGUGCCAGCUCGUGCCGACUGUGCCAUCGGCCGGCAUCGACCGAAACCACGCCAAACAUUUUCACCGAUCGCGAGGGUUUCUGGGAUGGCGACAAAUUCUGCAUUGCCGAUGUCUGCCAGAGCGUGUGGGGAGUGCAGUACGAUCGACACGAGUAUUUGCCGGAACAGAUUUGCUCCGAUUGCCUGGAAGUGCUGGAGGAUUUCUAUAAGCAACGGCGGGGAAUGAAGCAGCGGGAAGCUGCCUUGCAGGAGCAGCUGAAGGAGAUCAUUAAAAAGGAUCCCAAGUACCGGCCCGGUUUGAACGGAAAUCCUGGCGAAUUUGAGGCCGGAGAUGAUUGCGAAAUCGAGGUAGUGGAUCCGGAUAAGGUGGCGGAGACGAGCGAUGAUGAGAUGGGCUCCGAUGAAGAGAAUGACAACGCAGAGGACGAGGAGGAAGAGGAGGAGUUCGAGGACUUUGAGGAGGAUGAAGCAGACACAACGAAUGCAGACGAUGCCGACAUGCCUCUGGGCACGGAUGCGGCUCAAAUGGCCAAAAUGGCGGUGCAAAUGGAGCUGGAGCAGCCCAGUGUUGUGGCCAACUCUGGAGGCGCUCGUCCCAAGACCGCUUUUCUGUGUCAGUACUGCGACUUGGGCUACACCCUUCCAUCCGAAUGCCAGCAACAUGAGCGAACGGCACAUGACCCCCAUGCUCCGUACUGUUGCACGUUUUGCAGUUUGCUUUUCAUCACGCGCGCCAAUUUGAUUGCCCACAUCAAAUUGCACCACGAUAUGGAUCGUCCCUAUGUGUGUGCCCAGUGCAGGAAGGGAUUUGUACGCCGCUCCGACCUCAAGAAGCACGCCAUCGUCCAUACGGGCGUGCGGCCCUACACCUGCAAUGUCUGCACAAAGAGCUUCUCCCGAAACACCAAUCUCACGAAGCACAUGCGCAUUCACAGCGGAGAGAAGCCCUUCGUGUGCCAGCAAUGUCCACGCUCCUUCCAGACCGCUCAGGAGAUGACGAACCACUCGCGCUUGCAUACCGGUGCCAGACCCUUCCAGUGCAACCGCUGUCCGUUUUCCUCCUCGCGCAAGGACAAACUGGUUGCCCAUCAGCAUAUGCACACUAAGCGCGAUGUUGAGCAGAUACUGCAGCAGCAGCAACAAAACGCUCUGCAUCCCCCGACACCGGAGGAGCUGGCGCAGCUACAGCACGAGCUGACGCAACAGUUGAAGCCGAAGCCAAUCACCCCGCAGAAGCCAGGACGCAGCUUCCGAUGCGACGUCUGCGACAGGGUCUUUCAACGGGAGCGCGAUCUUCAGCGCCAUCGGGCGCUUCAUUUGGACACGCUACUGGCAUGCAAGAUAUGCAAUUUGGUCUUCAAUCGUCGCGAGCAACUGCAGCGUCACACACUGGAGGCACACGGUCCAACAUACACGUGCGCAAUUUGCUGCAUUACCUUUUUGCAGCAGAUUGAGCUGGAGAACCACCUAAAGGUGCAUCAGCUGCAGCACAAGGUGGCCCAGAGCACCCAGCAGGCCAUGAUUGCGGCAGCAACAGUGCCCCACAAAAUGGUCGAACCGACAGCGGUGGCCAAAAUGCCACCAGUGCCCCAGGUGCCGCUACAGAUGCGUCCUACAGCCGCCGAGCUCAACUUCUACAGCAACAUGAUUCCCACAAUGAAUCUGGGCUUCUAUAGCGAAACGCGACCCGAGGAAUAAGUCCUAUACUUUGGUAGUUAUUAAGAUCGAAAGGUUAUAUUUUGGUGGAUUACGAGAGUUUGUAUAACUAUCAGGAAUUGUGUGUAUUCAUUAAGAUCUAAAAGUUGUACUUUAGAGGAUUAUAUAUACGAGAAUUUGUAUAUGUAGUAGGAUACCUAUAAUUUUGUGUAGCUAUUAGGAUCUUACAGUUUAAAUAAACUAUAGGUAUAAUACAUGUAUUUGAUGAAGAUUUUUAUAAGCCGAUUGUAAAAAGGUUUUUAUUUAAUGCUUAUUUAUAUGAAAUAAACUUUCAUUUAAUGCAA